AUGGAACUUCUCGCCGGCGACUGUCGGAAACGAGUCGGCGAUGACUAUGCCGAUGAUGUUGACCCGUUCGAUGGCUCAGAAGGUGGUUGCGAUUGGAUGUACGGUAGCCGCCAAUCGGGGUCGCUGAGACCUCUAGGAAACGACGACGCUUUAGCCACGCUCGCAGACUUGGCGCCGCCUCCUCAGAAACUGAAACCCAUCAGGUGCGUCGUGAAGCCUCCGUCGGAGGAUCGACAUCCUCUGGAUAUCCUCGCCGGAACCCUAGACAGGCUGCCGGAGAUGGGGUUUCUCGACGACGGCUGCUUCGAGGCUCCUUUGGGGUCGAGGAUUGCUGACGUGGAGGAAAGCGGUCAAUUGACGCGUGGGUUUGCAAAUGAAGAGGUCGAAAUGGAGUUUCAAGGUCGUGUCUCCUCCCGACAUCGCACAUCUUGGGACGGUGUGUCUCUGAGGUAA